CGACGACCUACUGUUCUGCGAUGGUUGGCUAGAAGAUCAAGCAGCCAUGGUUUUCUCUCACCUCGCCCUGCUGGCUUCGGCCGCGCCCUUUGCCCUCGCAGCCACCAGCGGAAGCUUCAAUGCCUUGUCCUUCAACGUCGCUGGAUUGCCCCAAUUCCUGCAGGGCAACGACGAGUCCGGCGACAAGACGUCCAACACGGCAGAAGUCGGCAAGCGAUUCGCCCAGUACGGCUACGACAUCAUCCACGUGCAGGAGGAUUUCAACUACCACGCGACGCUAUACGAAUACGACAACCACACGUAUCGGACACCCACCAGCGGAGGCGUGCCCUUUGGUUCCGGGCUCAACACCCUGUCCAACUUUGACUGGAUCGACUUUACCCGUACCAAGUGGGACAAGUGCUCCGAUGCGUCCGAGUUCAACUGCUUCACGCCAAAGGGCUUUACCUUUAUGCGCUUGAAGAUUGACGAUGGCGUAUACAUCGACUGCUACAACUUGCACACCGAUGCUGGUACCGAAGAGGGCAACCAAGUAGCCCGCCGAGCCAACGUCCAGCAAGUCGCCGACUACAUCGACACCUAUUCUGUCGGCAACGCCGUGCUCGUCUUCGGCGACACCAACAGCCGCUACACGCGCACCGAGGACAACAUCAACCUCUUCCACACGCAGAACAACCUCACGGACGCCUGGCUGUCCCUGGAGCGCAACAACGAGAUCCCCACCGUCGAAGAAGUAUGCGGCAACCCCGCCGAGAACAGCACCUGCGAGGUCGUCGACAAGAUGUUCUACCGCGGCUCGCCCGUCCUCACCCUCAACGCCAAGUCCUUCGCCUACGACUCGCAGCAGUUCCUGUCCGCCAACGGCACCACGCUCAGCGACCACAACCCCAUGCUGGUCGAGUUUGAAUGGAGCUCCUCGGAGACCCUGCGCCAGUCCAACUUCAUCGGCGGCCCGCACGGCGCCUGGUUCAGCGACAGCGCGAACCUGACGGCCAAGGCCUCGCCCAAGGGCGCCAAGCUCAUCCUGCAGGGCCAGAACCGCCUAGAUGCCGUGGCGAUCACGCUGGGUGACGGGACGGCGCUGGCGCACGGCGGCACGGGCGGCGACGCCUCGGAUCUGCAGCUGGCCGCCGACGAGUACGUCAACAUGGUCUAUGCCUGCCAGGACAAGUACAACGACCACACCCGCGUCUUCUACCUCGAGGCUAGGACCAACAAGGAAGGCCGCGUCACGGCCGGUGUUGCGACGAAUGACUGUGCGACGUUUAAUGCUCCGGAGGGGUGGGGGCUGGUGGGCUUUGUGGGCCAGGAUGGCGACGAGAUCGACCAGUUGGCUGUGCUCUGGGCGCCUGCGUGAACGUGGGAUGCCGUGUUGAGAGUGCGAUGAGUACGCUGUGGUCUUGAUUCUUUAAUGUGUUUAAAUACCUUAACCUAAUGCUGAGAUGUUUUAUGGUUGACGGUGGCAGAUCUUCCGAACCUCGAUGUGAUAGCCGCGCCAGUUUGGUCUUUUGAAUACUAAAAGCGAUGCUGCCAAAGUUUCUCGAUGACAAGAAUGUAGUGCAUUGGAGCAUCGUAUACGAGUAAGACAGCGCAGUCAGUGUCUUUUCUGGGGGAUCUUCCCCGGCAUUCCGCUUGAAUAAGUCAGCCU